AUGGAGACUUUAGCUCGUCAAAAAUUUGAACAAUUGUCGAAAGAAAAAGUUUAUGAGAAUGGUUUGAUUAUAGAUCCAGAAUUUCCAUUUCUAGCUGCCAGCCCAGAUGGUCUUAUUGGUGAACAUUAUUUAUUGGAAAUAAAAUGUCCAUAUUCUGCUCGUGAUUCAAUCGAUGCCAUUGAAGCAGUGAACAGUAAACUUCUACAAUAUUGCAAAGUUGAAGGGCAAGAAAUUAAAUUGAAAAAAGAACACGUAUAUUACUACCAAAUAAUGGGACAAUUACACGCUACUAAAAGAAAAAAAUGCUUUUUUGUGAUAUACACUGCCAAAUGGAUCAGUAUAGAAGAAAUAUACUUUGAUCAAUCAUUUUGGGAUUCUAAAAUGUCUGAACCGCUACAAACGUGA